CUGCAGUGUCUUGGCAGCUGCAUUAGUGCAUCUCCCACCGUCCGCGAUGUCUUCACGGCCAGUGCCAGCCUCCUCCGCGUCCACUUGACAACGCAAACCGACAUGAACCUGUCAGGAAACCGAGCCGGACGUUCACACUAGCUCUCUUUAUGCCCCCGGAGACAGUCAGGAGCGCUUCUUUCACGCACCGAAACCCCGUGACGAGAAUUGUUAAUGGAAAAUGGCGAUAGGCAAAAGGUCUUGCAGCAUCGUCUGCUUGGUAUCUAUCCAGAUUAUCUUGAUUUUCAGCGCAUCGUGGCCUGGAGCAGCAGGGCUCACAUUCCCCCAGCAGUACACGAUAAUGCACUGGGCCAGGCGUAUCGAGCAGGAGAUUGACAGAGUCUUUCAGCACAUCACUGGAGCUCAGCAGUUGAAAGGGAUAUACAAUGAAGAGAGACGACAUUUUAAGCUGCUGAAGAAUCAGCCACGGAAGAUUGUGGAGAAGGUGGCCUCAGACAUUGAGAAACUCCUGGCUAAGAAGCGCAAAGCACUCAAUAAGUUAGCCAGUGAAGCAGAGCGGCUCCAGCGAGAGCAUCUAUGGCAAGAUGGAAUCAAGGAGCUGGACAUGGCUUAUUAUGACUCAAAGGCAGAGCUGGAUUAUUAUUCAAUGGACGGAGAAGGGGAGGUGGAAAAUCCUUCGCACAUCAAGCUGGAGUUUGUGUAUGAUCCAAACUUCAAAAACAACGUCAACUAUUCCCACACGGCUGUUCAAAUACCCACAGAUAUUUAUAAAGGAGCUCCAGUCAUUCUGAAUGAGUUGAACUGGACGCAGGCGCUGGAGAAAGUGUUCAUGGACAACAGUCGGGAGGAUCCGUCACUACUUUGGCAAGCGUUUGGGAGUGCGACGGGUGUCACUCGCUACUACCCAGCCACACCUUGGAAAGCCCCUGAUAAAAUCGACUUAUAUGACGUCAGGAGGAGGCCCUGGUACAUCCAGGGAGCCUCGUCCCCCAAAGACAUGGUCAUUCUUGUUGAUGUGAGCGGCAGUGUCAGUGGACUCACCCUGAAACUGAUCAAAGCGUCAGUGAUGGAAAUGCUGGACACUUUGUCUGAUGAUGACUAUGUCAACGUGGCCAGGUUUAACGAGAAGGCCGAGGCUGUGGUUCCCUGCUUCAAACAUCUCGUCCAGGCUAACGUGCGCAAUAAAAAGAUCUUCAAGGAUGCAGUGCAGCAGAUGCAGGCUAAAGGCACCACUGAUUACAAGUCUGGAUUUCAUUUUGCCUUCAACCAGCUGUUAAAUAAGACAAAUGUCCCGCGGGCCAACUGCAAUAAAAUAAUCAUGCUGUUUACUGACGGAGGAGAGGACAGAGCUCAGGAUGUCUUCAUGCAAUACAACUGGCCAAACAAAACAGUUCGAGUUUUCACCUUUUCUGUGGGUCAACACAACUAUGAUGUCACACCUUUACAAUGGAUCGCAUGCACCAAUAAAGGUUACUAUUUUGAGAUCCGUUCCAUCUGUGCAAUAAGGAUUAACACCCAGGAGUACCUUGACGUGCUGGGACGCCCCAUGGUUCUGGCAGGCGACGAUGCCAAGCAGGUUCAGUGGACCAAUGUGUAUCAGGAUGCUUUGGGUCUUGGCAUGGUAGUAACUGGGACUUUACCUGUUUUUAAUCUCACCAUGGAUGGAAACUCACAGAAUCAGCUAAUAUUAGGUGUCAUGGGAGUUGACGUGCAUCUUGAUGAGAUAAAGCGACUAACACCACGGUACAAUCUUGGAGCCAAUGGAUACAUAUUUGCCAUUGAUCCAAAUGGAUAUCUUCUCCUUCACCCUAAUCUUCAGCCAAAGCUUGUGAACCUCCCUGAGCCUGUGACACUGGACUUCCUGGAUGCAGAGGUGGAGGACAGCAACAAAGAGGAGAUCAGACGACAAAUGAUUGACGGAAGACCAGGUGAAAUGCAGGUCAAAACACUUAUCAAGUCAAUUGAUGAGCAAUACAUUGAUGAGGUGCACAGGGGUUACACCUGGACUCCUAUCAACGGUACAGAUUACAGUCUUGGUUUGGUACUAUCCCCAUAUAAUGAAUACUACAUCCAGGCAGACCUGAGUGAUGUGAUGGUGCAGCUCCAGUAUAUGCAGUCAUUGCUCCCCAGCUCCUUUGAAUCCGCAGGACAUGUGUUUCUGGCUCCAAGGGAAUACUGCAAACGUCUGCAUCUUUCUGACAACAACACCCAGUUUUUGCAAAACUUCCUCUCGCUCAUGCUGGACAUUUCCCCAGAAUCGGAUGAGUGUGACCAAGGCCUCAUCCACAACCUAAUUUUGGAUUCUAGGAUUAUUGGGCAGCUGGCCUCUCGUUCUUGGAAGUCCGAUGAGCUGAAUUCGUAUGGCUUCCUGGUUGUAUUUGCAUCCACUGACGGAGGAAUAACACGGGUUUAUCCCAACAUAGCUGCUGAGUUAUGGGAUGAGGAUCCUGAACCCUUCAAUUCGAAUUACUACAGACGGAGCCUCGACAACAAAGGCUACAUGUUCAGACCUCCGUCCAGAUCCUCCUUGGACGACCCCGUGAGUGCAGAAAACGGCACCGUUGGAAUUUUGGUUAGUUCAGCUGUAGAGGUUAAUUUAGGAGGCAAACUGCUCAAACCUGCAGUGGUCGGAGUGAAGCUGGACCUGGAAGCGUGGGUGGACAAGUUUAAGAUCCUGGCCAGCAAUGUGUCAGACAUUCGACAGGGCUCACACAAGUGUGGACCAUCCAGAAGUUGUGAGAUGGACUGUGAAGUGAACACUGACGACCUCCUCUGCUAUCUCAUUGAUGAUGGUGGGUUCCUGGUUAUGUCCAAUCAGAGAGAUCACUGGAAAAAGAUUGGUCUUUUCUUUGGUGAUGUGGACCCUUACCUGAUGCAUGCACUCUACAACAACUCAAUCUUCACUCGGCGUCAGUCUUUCCACUACCAGUCGGCAUGUGAACCAGUCAGCAGCAGCCACACUGGUGCAGCACCGAGGGGCAUCUUUGUGCCGUCCAUUGCCGACAUCCUCAGCUUGGCCUGGUGGACAUCCACAGUGGCAUGGUCUGUGGCCCAACAGCUACUGUAUGGGCUGGCCUACAACAGCUGGCUUUACCAAGAUGAUGUCCUUGUUGAAGGUUUUGAGACAAAGGAAAGCAGCUGUGUGACCAUCCAAAGCCAGUUCUACUUCACAAACACCACCAACUCUUACAACGUGCUGCAGGACUGUGGAAACUGCUCACGGCUGUUCCAUGCAAAGCGGAUAGAAAACACCAACCUCCUCUUUGUGGUCGCCGAGACGCUCCCCUGCAGCUCAUGUGAGAUAGAGAGAUUGACACAGGUCAGGACAGAGUUUCAGGAGGAGAAUCCAUGCGAAGUACUGAGCAACGCACGAUAUCGUAAAGGCCCGACUUCCUGCUUUGACUACAGUGCCUUAGAAAACACGUCAGAGUGCGGACGGGGUCAUGCUCUGCAGUCCUCCAUAGGAGUCCUUCUCUUUAUUCAGCUUAUUCUGCCUCUUUUUCAUCUCUGACACGUUCAAACACUCUAACUGACAUCUUUCAUCUCUUUGGGUUUAGGCUCGGAUCUACUGAAGGUCAGAUCAAACAGCAACUGCAAAAUUCUUCGUUUUUGAUCUACAAACGUCCCAUAGCACAUUUGUGCUUGGGUAAAAAAACAAAAGUGGAUAAGCUCUUAGUGUUUUAUGCCUUAUUGCUUAUGCAUUUGUUGGUGUUCCAGGGCUUGAGUGCAAAAUAUAGGAAGAGAAUGUGUUGAGUGUGCAUGCUACUUAAACUAGGACAAGCAUGUUUAACAUUUUUGCACACAGGAUCAGCCAUGUAAACACCAAAAAGUCAGGGAGGCAGCUGAAAUGUACUUUUAACGGGCCAAUAAAUAACCACUCAGCUGGAACUCACAACUUUAGGUGGGAUUGUGGUAGUGAAAUUAUAAAAGAUCUAAAAACUCAGUCUAUUUGGUUUGUGGUAAAAACACAGUGGUGGAAGGUACUCAGAUAUUUUUAGCAAUACCAAUCUGUGGAAAUACAAGUAUUAGCAACAAAAUUUACUUAAAAGCAUAAAUACUCAUUUGACAGCAGAAUGGACCCUAGGUGUUACAUCAACAUAUCAAUAAUUAUAUUAUCAGAUUAAUAUUAGUUAUGCAUUAACAUGUAGGAGCAUUUAAAUGUUGUAGCUAAUCAAGAUAGAGCUAACCUUCAGUACUUUAUACACCGUUGGGUAGUUUUAUCAAUAACAGUCAUUUUAAAAACUCAGCAUAGGUUUUCUGUGAAAAAAUGAAAAGUAACUACUUGUCUGAUAAAUCUCGUGGAGUAAAAAGUUAAAUAUUUAAGAAUUAAAGGUGCUCUGUGGAUGUUUCUAGCAAACAAAGUUUCUGUUUACAAUUAGUUUCUCACCCGAAACACUUGUUGAAUGCAUUUCCUACCACAUAAAAAACUGAAACUGCUUUGUUUACACCCAUAUUUACUUGAUAGCAGUCUUCUUCCCAACAUUUUCUGACGUAUUGCAGCAUUUUGUGGCGCCUUACUGCGUGCCACCUGUGGAUCGUUGGAAUAGAGUGAAACCAUUGGGGUUUCCAACAGGGACCCACUGUUUUCAUUGCUCCAUAGCGCUGCUAGUGGUCAAAACUCCACAGGUUACCUUUUAGGAGAUAAAAUGGGAUUACUCAAGUAAAGUACAAGCAACCUCAACACUGUACCCAAGUAUAGUACUUGAGUAAAUGUACAUAGUUACUUGUCAUCACUGAAAAUACAACGCUGCACAUGCCACCACAUGACCGGGUAUUAUCCAGAAGAGCUCUGUGAUUGGCAAAACAACUUUGUAGAGACAUUAUUCUGAGUUUUUAGAUUUUUCAUUGUCACUGUGGCUCCUUUGAUGAGGCCCACCUAAAUAGUUAACUGUUGGUUAACUAUGGUUUAAAGUUUCCAUACAACUGCUGGGUAAAGCUAUAGAAAGUAUUUACAUAACCGAAUGAACAUGGAAAGAAAUAGACAGAACCUGCUGCUGGUUGAGCUCCACAAUUCAGGCUCCCUCAUAUAAUUUGCUCAGACGCCGCUGCUCCUGGCAUCUUCUGUUUUUGUUGGCUUUGUGAAAAUUAAAAUGGAUUGUCUAUGCCAGGUUUCAUUUGCAUGUCCAGUCCUAGUAAAUAUCUUUGCACAUGAAGGAGCUCCUGCACCUACAGCAGUUUUUACAUGAUAGUAGAUCCAGGCCUUAACCUCAAAUUCACUUCAGUGUCUUUCAAUCCACCUCUGACCUUUGCCAGACAGUUUCAGGACUAUAAAUUCCAUCAUAGAUGACAACGACCCAGAAUGACCUCCCUCUGCUGUCUCAAGUACGCUCUGUCUCUUAAAUCGUUAUUUCAGACAGAAUUUAGAUGAGAAGUAUUUUUCCCCCCUAAAAAUAUUUUUCUUAGAGCAUUUUCAUUUAUAAGACAACAGAUGAGAAAAGUAUGAUGAGAAAUACCCGUGUCAGACCUCCAGCAAGAUUUUGUGACUUUUCAUAACACAUAUCAGUGAUGAAGUGUCCGUGUAGUUUCAUUGAUUCAAGGAUUGUUAAAGGCAAGGUUUGUUUUGUUCAAAUGCUUCCACAGAGGCUUGGCAUGAACUUGAUGUGCUUCCAGUUGAUAUGAAUUGAUUAAAGGUGUAAAAUCAGACAGAAACAUACGGUCGUAUCAAAUGUUAACAGUGAUUUUGUUACAAUAAUGUAGUAGUGAAUCCUCCAAAAAACCACUUCAGUGGUUUAGUGCAAUACUGCUGUUUUGCACUAAACCACUAUACUGAUAAUAGUUUGCUUUAUUCUAGCAGUAAUUAUCAUGACCAUCAAUUUCUCAUUAAAUUUAGAUUUGAAGUAAUUGACAUUCUGUGUUAUCUAUAGUGUUAUAGCACAAAACAUGUGCAGGUGUCAGUGUGUAGCUGACAUGUUUUUAGGCGCAUUACAUCAGUUGUUGGUUAAAGGGAAGCUCUCUGUCCCUUUUUUUUAUAUCUUGUAUCGCCACUAUUUGUCAAACCUGAAUUUAUGCACUUGUGUAUGCUUCUGUAUGGGGAAUGUAGCUUUGAACAGCUUUCUGUGUAAUCAAUAUUUUAUCAGUAUGUGAUGCUUUUUGGCGCUCUGUUGAGAUUCCCCCGAUGUCACACUGAAAGUGAUGAUUCGCUGUGGCAGAAUGUUUUCAUUUUUAUCAUGCAUAAGGCGUCAUGAUGUUGACAUCUGAUUCAAGUUUGUACAAAAUUAUGAAGCUGUAAGACUUUUAGCAGUUUUGUCACAGUUUGUGUCUGUCCAGUAUUGUAUGCAUGUUAAACAUUAACCCCAUAACAAAGAAAUAAUACAUGCAACAUAUAUUAGGGAUGCAACUAACCAAUUAUUAUUGUUAUCUCUAUUAUUCAAUGAUUAGUAGUUGAAAUAAAAAAAAAUUGCCCUUCAGUUUCCCAGAGCGUGGUUACAAGUACAUUAGUACAUUCAGUGUCAAACAGCAAAAUCCUAACACAUGAAAAUCAAAACUCAACACUGAAAUUUAUUAUUUUUGUUCAUGAAGUCACCGGUUUGUCAUUAGGAAAAAACACGACGACUGUGCUUAUGUAACAGUUGGAAAAUCAUUAUCUGUUACAUACAAUUUAUUUAAUUUGACUCAUUUUAUCAGUGUGGGUCUUGUCUCAUCUGUCUGCGCAACGCACGUGUCAGACUUCUCCUCCGUGGCCGCCUGCAGCUAUACUACUUGUGACUGUAACUUCCACUAUCUAUAUCUACACUAGAUGCCAAAUUUUUUUCAAGCCGUUAAAUGACGGCCCAGAACAAAGUGAAAUUAUUUCAAAUCCUCAUACAGGCUAAUCCUGUGCAUGUUUAGCACAGUACUACUGCGCGGUAAGAUUGAUUCCAAAUAACUGCAGAUAUUUUUUUUUAUCUCCCUUGUUAAACAAAUUGACAUAAAACAUUGCUGCAAAAAACA